AUGUGUGUUUGGCAACGACGUCAAUUUUCUCUGUUCGCACUGUUCUUUCAAAUGAUAUUUCUAGUCCUAUUCUCGAUAUUUUGUCGCUAUAUCGAUCCACUGGACGAUAGUAAACGUAUUUACAGUGGCACCGACUAUCCAUUGUUCCAGGACGUGCAUUUGAUGAUCUUUGUCGGCUUCGGAUUUCUCAUGGCGUUUCUAAAGAGGUAUGGCUUCUCAGCUGUUUCCGUAAAUCUUUUACUGUCAGCUUUUGUAAUUCAAUGGGCGAUGUUGUUGCGUGGAUUCCUUUCAAAACAAUUCAGUGCUACGGGUACUUUCACGCUCGGAGUUCCAGAGAUGUUGUGCGCAGACAACUCAUGUGCGGUGGUGUUGAUUACGAUGGGAGUGCUGUUAGGUCGAAUGACUCCUGUGCAGUUUCUGUUACUCGCCUUCUUCGAGACCAGCAUCUCAGUACUCGUCGAUCACAUAGUCUUCAACAUAUUGCAUGUGAACGAUGGCGGUCGCUCGCUCGUCGUGCAUGCUUUCGGUGCAUACUUCGGUUUGGCAGCAGCUCUAGUUGGGCAAAAGAAGAACGUUAUGGAAAUGGACGAACAGGGGUCGAUCCAUCACUCAGAUUUGUUCUCCAUGAUUGGAACUUUGUUGCUUUGGGUGUUUUUUCCAUCAUUCAAUGCAGCAGUCCAGGAGCCAGAAGAUGCACGCCAUCGUGCCAUUAUGAACACCUACCUAGCAAUGGCCAGCGGCACGGUGACAACGUUUAUCCUGAGUUCCUUCGUGGAUAACCUGGGCCGAUUCAACAUGAUACAUAUACAAAGUUCAACUCUUUCUGGUGGUGUCGCUAUCGGGUCUGCUGCAAAUGCUGUUCUCUACCCAUCGCACGCAGUGGCUGUGGGCAUUUGCGCGAGCUUCGUUUCCGUCAUCGGUCAUGCCUGGCUCAGUCCGAAGCUGGAGAAACGCUUCAAGCUAUUUGACACAUGCGGUGUUCAUAAUCUUCAUGGCAUCCCCGGAAUACUCGCUGGUAUAUUCAGCAUUAUUUUCGCACUCGGAUAUGAACCAGAAAGCUAUGGUAAAACACUCUAUCAUAUCUAUCCGUACUUCGAAGGUGGGCCGAUGAAAGGAGACAGAAAUCGUGAGACACAGGCUCUGUACCAGCUGGCCGGAAUGGGCACAGCUCUCGCUUCGGCAGUGGUUGGCGGACUAAUAACUGGAUUAAUCCUGCAAAUCCGAGUAAUAAACCAAGUGGACGACCCACAUAUGGAUCACGGUGACAUCAACUAUUAUGCACAUUCGGAGUUCAAUUUUCUAAGCAAGUAUCAACACGCCCGAGAGCAGGAGCUAAUGGAGCGGGAGCGGCUUCAUGAAAUCUACUAG